AUGCGCCUCCUUCUUUCCUCAACCCUAGCCGUCGUGCUGGCCGGUCUGUACUACCGCUACAUGCUCGAAGACGACAUGCCUGUUCCCGUCGAAGGCCAGCGCGAGUUCUUUCUCUUUGGCACGCCCAUCAGCCACUCGCUGUCACCACUCGCACACAAUAUUGUCUUUGAGCAACUCGGACUCGAUGCGACGCACCGAUACCACCUGCACGAGACCUCCAAAUUCAGCGACCGCUCAGUCCAGAGACUGCUUCGUUCGCCUUCUUUCGCCGGGGCAGCAGUGACGAUGCCUCACAAAGUCGAAGCGCUGAAGUACAUGGACUCACUCGCGGCGGAAGUGGAGGAGAUUGGGUCGAUGAACACGGUGGUUGUGAGUGGGAAGGUUGUCGAGGGCGGGAAGGAGAGACAGACGCUGGAGGGACGGAAUACGGAUGUUGAUGGGAUAAAGAGGGCGUUGUUGGCAAGCUUGCCGCUGGAGCAGCAGGGGAAGGCGAAACCGUUUGGGGAGGGACGGAGCGCGAUUAUCAUCGGCGGAGGAGGAACGACCCGCGCAGCCGUCUACGCCCUCUCAACGAUGGGCCUCUCGCCUCUCUGGCUCAUCAACCGCGACCCAAAGGAAACAGCAGCAAUCAUCUCCACGCCCUCUUUCGCCAAAUACGACUUGCGGGCUCUCGAGCGGGAGGAGCAGUGGACGGAGGAAGAGGCAGAGAGAGUCGCGUGUGGAGUUGGGGCGAUCCCGUCGUUUGAACCGGUCACGGAGGGCGAGAAGAACGUUUACAGGUUGGCGGAGAAGGUGUUUGCGACGAGCGGGAACAGGCCGGGUGUACGACCACUUCUCGAAAUGGCGUACAAGCCGCACAUCACGCUCAUGUACAAGCUCGCGGAGAAGCACGGCUGGCAACCCAUCGGUGGCAUCGAAGCACUUGUCAACCAAGCGUUCGUACAAGACGUCUACUGGCUUGCGCUCUCGCCCGUUACACGCGUCGGAGGACUACAACUACAGGAGCUGAAGGCAGCAGGCGAGGUUGCGGCGGACCGAGUACGGGAGGCUGCAGGUGCGCCAGUAUCGACGUAA